CCAAGACGACCAACUACAAAAGGAUCAGGGCCUGGCAUCGUAGAGCAUUGCGAGGGACGGGAAAGAAACUCAUAGACCAUGGAGAGUAUCAAAGGAGGCGUAUGGAAGAAUGUAGAGGACGAAAUCCUCAAGGCCGCCAUCUCCAAGUAUGGGAAAAAUCAAUGGGCUCGCAUCUCGUCGCUGCUUGUGCGCAAGACAGCGAAGCAGUGUAAAGCGCGCUGGUACGAAUGGCUGGACCCAAGCAUCAAGAAGAUUGAGUGGACGAAGGAUGAAGAUGAAAAGCUACUGCAUCUUGCCAAAUUGCUGCCGACGCAAUGGCGGACGAUUGCACCGAUUGUCGGUCGCACGAGUACACAGUGUCUAGAGCGGUAUCAGCAGCUGCUUGAUGAUGCGGAAGCAGCAGAGAACAAUGAGCUGGGACUUGCUGGGCCAGGCAUGGAGAGUAGUGCGCCGACUGCUGAUUCUGUGCGCAAACUACGACCCGGCGAGGUGGAUCCGGACCCAGAAACUAAGCCAGCAAAGCCAGAUGCUAUUGAUAUGGAUGAAGAUGAAAAGGAGAUGCUCUCUGAGGCACGAGCAAGAUUGGCCAAUACGCAAGGUAAAAAGGCGAAACGGAAGCAGCGUGAACGACUGCUUGAAGAGACAAAACGCCUGAGCGUCAUUGCAAAGCGACGCGAGUUGAAGGCUGCUGGCGUCAACAUUAAGCUCAAUUGGCGGAAGAAGGGCGUUCUCGAUUACAAUGCAGACAUCCCAUUCGAGCACAAGCCAGCACUUGGCUUCUACGACACGACUGAGGAGAAUGAAGUAAACGAGCAUGAACGAUCCAAGAUGGACUUUCGACAAAUUGAAGCACUCAGAAAGAAGGAGGAGGAUAUGCUUGCUGAACGAAAAGCCCAGCAAGGUACAAAGCGCGACAAGGAUGCACAAGCAGAGCCAGACAAGCUUGAUGCAAACUCCACAGCUGCAGCACUCGAAAGACUACGCAAAGCAGAGCAGGUCACGAAGCGCCGCAAGCUCAACUUACCUGGUCCGCAAGUGUCUGACCAAGAAAUUGAAGAGAUUGUCAAAAUGGGCAUGACAUCGCGUGCCGCAGGUGAAGCAGCGCGACUCGAUGAUGCCAGCAAUCAAGCUUCUCGAGAUUUGGUUGCAAGCGACUAUGGCCCCAUUGGAUCCUCUCAACCGAUCCGGACGCCACGAACACCAGCAGCGCAAGAUACGAUCUUGAAUGAGGCCAAUAAUCUACGCGCCAUGACCAAUACCCAAUCUUCCUUACUGGGCGGUGAGAAUACGCCAAUCUACGGUCGAACAGAUGGGACUGGCUACAGUGGCGCUACACCGCGCGCACAUGCCUCAGCAACACCACAUCCCAUGCGAGCACCGACAUCUGGACCUCGCCGCGCCGGUAUGACUCCGCUGAGAACACCGCAACGAGAUAUGCUUCAGCUACUCCAUUUGAGAGACGCAUUUGCAAGCUUGCCUGCACCGAAGAAUGAUUUUGAGCUGGAAGAGCCGGAAGAGAUGGAGCAAGAGGCUGUGGUGGAGUUAUCUGCUGAAGAUGCAGAAGCGAGGGAUGCAAGGCUCGCUCGAGAGCGUGAAGCAGCGGAUGCUGCGCGUCGUGCAAAACAGUCACAGGUCAUGCAGCGUGCCUUGCCACGGCCCUUGAAUGUGGACUAUCCUGCGUUUUUGGCGGAGACGCCAAAGAAUCCUUCAGAGCUUAUACGACUGGAGAUGGCGCGGUUGCUGGCGUUCGAUGCACGACGCUAUCCGAUUUCAAGGGAGGUCAAGCAGAUUGUACCCAAGGAAGCGCUUGGUAUAGAUCGUGAAAUUGACGUCGAGGCCAUGGAAGCAGCCCGUGCUCUGAUUGCAGCUGAGAUGCAAGGAGAGCCGAAGGAUCUAUUCGCAGAUCGUCCUUCAUUCACAGCAGCUGCAUUGCCAGGGUUGCAGCACUAUGAUGACGAGCAAGAUCAGGUGGAAGCAGCCAAAGAAGUCUUCCUGCCUGCACUCCAGGACAAUCUCGCCAAAGACGCCAAUGACGCAGCAAAACUUGACAAGAAGUGUCAAGUGCGUCUAGGCGGGUACCUCUCUCGCGCUACCAUGCUUUCCGCCAAGAUGACAGAAGCUGCUGCUGCGUUGACUGAAGCUCGCAUGACGCUUGAGACGUUUCGGUAUUUGAAGGUGAAUGAAGGUGCAGCCAUUCAGACCCGGACAGAGUCGCUUGAAGUGGACGUUGCAGCAUUGAUGCGGGCACGAAAUGAAGGACAAGCUCGAUUCGUUGUGUUGCAGGAGAAGAAGGAGUCACUCGCCUCGCAAUAG